AUGGCUCUAGAUCUGGGGUCGAUCUUGUGGUAUUUGCCUCUCAAAGUCUAUGGCACGGCCCAAGUGAUGGUAGCCAUUUUAAGUUUCCUGAUCUGGCAACCAAUAAUGAGCGUUAUCGACGUGCUCUUCUAUGGUUUGAUCAGGCUUCCCAUGUCAAUACUAUUGUUUAAGCUUCUACUGAUUGAGGAUGAAAAACUCCAAGUACAUGCUGGCCGUGUUUGGGAAUUCUCCAAGAUAAUGUAUCAAUUCCUCAGCGCUGCCUUUAUCGUUGGCACUUGCGUUGGAGUCUGGCUAGGGCUCAGUCUCAUAUUGGUUAGCUACCUGCUACUUUGGGAAAAACCAAUCUUCACCCCUUUCAAAAUUUCCAAUGUCCUCAAGUCAAUUGCUGAGUACUUGGGAUUCGCAGAUUUAUGGUCCAAGAUUGUCAGUUCUUUCGGAGAACCAAAUGCUGAAGGCCGAGAACAUAAGACCAAACGAUAUGUCCUAAGUUUGACCAGUGAACAAUUGAAGGCAAUGUUGGUUGGAGAUAGGAAGAAUGUAAACCCAGCUCUAAGCGAAGGUUCUACGUUGGUUGAAAGAACACAAAGUUCAAGAAACAAGAUUGCACGUUCUGUUUCCAACAACUUUAGCAAGUUCAACAAUUCCCCAAGAAGAUUUUCUCCUUUAUCACCGAAAUCCAAUAUUGAAGUUGUCAACCAGAACUUCCAAAGACCGAGUAGUUCUGGAACUACACGGACCUCUACAAGCACGAUGGAUUCAGCAGCUUCUACUCUAACUGAGACUUCACUACCCAAGGGCAAUUCACCAGUGAGCCAUCCAGUACCCCCAGAGUUAACAGUUAAUCCAUUAGCAAUUCCUACACAGCCGUUUUGGAGGUCACCGUCAACAUCAGACGUGCAGCAGUUGACAGAAACCCCGAGAUCAUCACGAAGCCCCAGAGACUCAGUAACCUCAAUAGUGGACCCGCAAUAUGACGACGAUAGGUAUUUCACUCCAAUUGUCUCACCGCAGGCCCCAAGAUCGUCUUUUUCGGCAUCGAAUAACCCCGAGAGCUCUCGAAGUAUAUCCGAUUAUGUCAUUCCAGAAGAGGAAGAAUGA